AUGGCGGGUGUUGUUCCAACCGAAAUGUCCGCCAAUAGUCCAAGACGCACCGCCCAAUUUGCACGCAAUGCUCAAGGUGGAGCAAAUACGGAGAUGAAGACCGGAAUCCUCCAACUUGUUUAUGCAAAUCCAUUCACCGGAAUGGAUCAUGAGGAUCCUUUCGCACAUCUCACCAAAUUUUACGAGAUUGCGGGUUCAACGGGAGUUGAUGCGGCGAAUGAAGAAUCAUUGUUCAAGAGGCUAUUUCCACAUUCAUUAAUUGGGAAAGCUAAAGAAUGUUCAAAUCCACAAGGCCAAGGUCAACAAUCUCAAAGUGGAAGCUCAAAGUUGGAAGACACUCUUACACAAUUCAUGCAAGCAUCCAUGGCUAAUCAAAGGAGUAAUGAAGCGGCCAUAAAGAAUUUAGAAAAUCAAGUGGGCCAACUUGCAAAGCAAUUGUCCGAGCAACAACCGAGAGCAUAUUUUUCCGCCAACACCCAAACCAAUCCAAAGGAGCAUUGCAAAGCCAUUGUUACAAGAAGUGGGAAAGAGGUGAAUAGUGGUGUAAAUGAAGAGGUUAUAGUGGAAGAUGAGGAGGAAGUAAUAGUUGAAGAUGAAGAGGAUGAAGUGAUACUUGAUGAUGAGGGAGAAAAAAGUGAGGAGAAAGUGGAGGAAGAAUUAGUUGAAAAAGAGCGGAAAGAAAAAGAAGGAAGAGAGAAAAAUGACAAAAAAGUGAAGAGGAAUAAAAAGAGAAAUGAGAAUAAAAAGAAGUACACGGAUGAAGAGACAGUUGUGCUUGAUGCUCAUUGUAGUGCAAUUAUUCAAAAAACUCCCCCAAGAAAGGAAGCCGAUCCGGGACGAGUCAUUUUACCGAUCACCAUUGGAGGUAACUACAUUAGUAAUGGUUUGGUUGAUUUGGGGUCUAGCAUCAAUUUAAUACCUUUAUCCGUUGUCAAGAGAUUGGGGAACAUUGAGAUGAAACACACCAGGAUAACUUUGCAACUAGCCGAUAAGUCUAUCAUUUCACCAUAUGGAGUUGUACAAGACAUGCUAGUAAAGGUUGACAAAUUUUUGUUCCCGGUUGAUUUUGUGGUAGUCGACAUGGAGGAGGAUUGUGAUGUUCCAUUAAUACUUGGAAGACCAUUCAUGAAGACCACCCGAAUGAUGAUUGAUAUCGAUGAUGGGAUUAUGAAAGUAAGGGUGCAAGAUAAAGAGGUAAUUUUUACUCUUUUUGAGUCUACGAAGCCUCCUAAGAAUGAACAUGACAACUUUCGAAUCGAUGAUGAAAAAGGAGAAAUCAUUGAGGUGGCGAAUCAAUUUCACAAGGACAAGGAGAAGGCAAAUCAUGAGGGAAAGACUCAUCACAAAAACUUUGAAGUUGGACAAAUGGUGCUAGUGUGCAAUUCAAGACUCAAGGUGUUUCCUAGUAAAUUAAAGUCAAAGUGGUCGGGGCCAUUUGUUGUGAAAGAGGUGCGAAAUUAUGGAUCCAUUGUGGUGGAGGACCCUAAAACACAAGAAAGCUGGACUGUAAAGGAACAAAGACUCAAAGGCUACCACGAUGGAUAA